ACGGCGGGGAGUUGCCGCCGCCGGGCGAUCGGGAGCGCGGGCAGACUUGCGUUGGGACGCCUCACGGCCGGGGCGCUCUGAGGGGCGUGAAGGAGCAGGACACCCCUUGCCCCCGCCUCAGACCCGCGGGCCGGGGCGGGCCCGGGACCCCUCACGUGUCUCGGCUCGCGCCGGUGUCACGACAGGCGCCGGUGUCGCCCCUCAGCGUCGCGGUGGCGCCGCGUUUUGGGGGCAGGAGGCGACGCUCCCCUCGGUGACACCCCCGGGACGCCGCUGUCACACCGGGAGGGGACACCCCGGGAUCUGUCACGCCGGGAGUGCGGCGGUGACACCCCCGGGAUGCUCUUGUCACGCCGGGACCUUUGCACCAGCUUAAAUUCCUUGGAAUUCCUUGGAAAUUGCAUUCUGGCUCAGCGCUGCCAAACUGGUCUCCGUGGUAACAGAACCCAAAAGCUGUGGGAAAAGGUGGCUCCCAGUAAGGAUAAAAAAAGAAAGAUGCAGAAAGUUAGGAGAAGGCGGUGGUCACACAGAGAUCUUUACUCUUUGGUGUUGUUUUUUGGUGUUUAAUUUGAUGAUGAAUGCCAUUAGCAAAUAGCAGGAAGUGACAGUGUGCAGUAGGAGUGUUGCUGGGGUGACUUGGGGCUCUGCUACCUGUUGACAAGGUUGCAGUAACGAGCAUCUGUGCAACUGGGCAUCUCUGCUAGGGCAGGGCUCAGGAAUCAUUAACUUCAGCUCCUGUAGUCAUGCUCAUAAAAGUAAUACAUGAUAAGAAUUUGCUUAAAUCAAUUAUAUUAAUGAUUACUUGGAGUUUUUUCCACCCACUAAAUGUCCAGGCUAACUCACAGAUUUAGCUGAGUUUCAGGAUCAGGCAAAGGUUUUGUUUUUCACAGGUAGCCAGAGAGCAUUUUAAGAUUCAAGGAUUAGGACCAGUGUCUUGGAUACUGAAAGGUAUCCUAGCCAUGAUUUGGAGCCACUGUGAAUCACCAUGAUACAAACAGUGAUUCUGCUUUUUGAGGUACAGAUGCUGCCUGAAAACUGAAGCUGGGCCCUGGCCUGACAGGGGACAGUGACUACAGAAUUUUUGGGGCUGUGUUCCACACAUCUUUCCCAGCACAUUUCCUGUGAAAAGAAACAUCAGUGCCUUUGACACAAACAAACUUCCUUUUCUCUGACAUGGUUGGGCCGGGGCAAAAACAAGAAAGUGCAUCUAUUAAACAGAUGCUGUUUAAAAAUUUAUGUGUAUGCAGACAAAUUAUCAGAGGUGUUAAGUGCAUUGUAGUCUGAAUGCCAAAUGUAUUCCCAGCUCACAUAGAGGCCUCAGAGGCUUUGUUUAUACUGGUCAGAGAAUUCCUGGAGAGUGAGCUGAAUUAAAGGCUGCUCUUCAGCAGCAACAUGGAUCUCACUAAAUCAAUUUCUGCAGCAGUUCAGCCAGUUAGUGGAGAAGGUCAUCUUUUGUCUGGGAUGUUUCUGUAGGAGAUCUGACUGGAGGCAGGAGCAAGAAAAGCAGAUCUCUAAAAACAGUGCACUGUUCUUCCUUUCCAUGUCAUAUUUUGAAAGAGCUCCAAGUGCUAAGUCAGGGUGAAUAAAUUAAGCACCUGUGAUAGCCCAGCACUCUGCUGGGGGCCUGGCUGUCUCAGAUACAUCAUAUGGAAAGUUAAAUGCCAACGUUAUCUGAUAAACAGGAAACCUGCACAUGCCAAAGUGCUGAUGCUUUUGGUAGCACAUGAAUCCCAGAACACACAGGUAAAAUGUCUAGUGUUUGAAAUAUCCUUCCUUCUGCUGCUUACCUGGGGUAGGAGCAAAAGGUCAGCUGAGGCAAAUUUGAGGAUUUCUUUAAGUUGGUCAUAAGAUCCUGGGCUAUGAAUAGUAAAGGUGCCUGAGAAAGUUAGAAAAUCAACCUGAAGUGAUUUUUUUUUCAUCUAGCUGAGGAAAGACUCAAUAAUCUUUAAUGCUUACAAAAAUCUUUACUUUUGCAAAUAGCCUGGCUAAGAAAUGGAUUUAAUAGAUUCUUUCAGUACCUUAGAACAUUUCCUAAACCAAAUAUUAAGCCUGAUAUCAACAAGGCCCAUAAAUCUCAUAAACGUCUAUUGCUGCUGUUUGAUCACUGAAGACUGUUCAAGGAGUUUAAAUAGAUUUCCUUUUCAGUAGACUAAGUCCAAGGUUCCUUAAAAGAAAAUAAAAGCAUAGACUGAAAAUGUUGGUCUCGAAACUUAACCUACCAAGCAUGAAUAUGAAAAUUGCAGUGUAAAGGCCAGUACUGUUUGCAAUAGACACAAGCAUUUUGCAAGUUUGGCAGUUCUGGCAAUCUGUAAUUCCUGUGAACAAGUGCUGCAGGUGGAAGGGCGAUGUUUUAAGGGUGCAGUUGCUUCUUUUCAUUAGCUGAGUUGCUGUCUCUCUCCGUGCUUUGAAAAUGUCACAGUUCCAUUCCACGCACCAAUGUUUGUGUUCAGUUAUAGACACGAACAAAACACGAGCCUUUUGUCUUCUGAACUUUGCCUGAGCGAUUUUCUCUACUCCAUCAGUUUGAGCUGCUCCUUCCCUGCUGAUUUAAGUCAUCAGAAUCUUCCAGGCCACUGUAGUCCUUCAGCAUUCUCUUUUGUGCUGGUUAUCCUGAAGUGUAUCUGUUAGGAGGGCAAAUUUUAAAAAAAGUAGCACUAAAAACGAAAAUGAGCUGCACCAUCGAGAAGGCGCUGGCGGACGCGAAGGCGCUGGUGGAGCGGCUGAGGGAGCACGACAGCGCGGCCGAGGCGCUCAUCGAACAGACCACGGCGCUCAACAAGCGGGUGGAAGCCAUGAAACAGUACCAGGAAGAAAUCCAAGAGCUCAAUGAAGUAGCAAGACAUCGCCCUCGGUCUACUCUAGUGAUGGGUAUCCAGCAGGAAAACAGACAGAUUAGGGAAUUGCAACAGGAAAACAAAGAACUGCGCACGUCUCUCGAAGAGCACCAGUCAGCUCUGGAGCUCAUCAUGAGCAAGUACAGAGAACAGAUGUUUAGGUUGCUUAUGGCGAGCAAAAAGGAUGAUCCGAGUAUAAUAAUGAAGUUAAAAGAGCAACAUUCCAAGGAGCUGCAAGUGCACGUGGACCAAAUUACAGAGAUGGCAGCGGUGAUGAGAAAAGCCAUUGAGGUGGAUGAAAGGCACGGCUGCAAAGAGCAGGAGCGCAUCAGCCAGCUGGAGCAAGAAAACAAAGGCUUGAGAGAAAUUCUUCAAAUCACUAGAGAAUCGUUUCUGAACCUCAAGAAAGAUGAUGCAUCAGAGAGCACAUCCCUGUCAGGAUUAGUGACAAGCAGUGAUCUGAGCCUGAGGAAAAGCUAAGGACUCUGGGAAUCAGCAAGCUUCAGUUGCACACUUAAACCAAUGGAGCAUCAGGGGGCACUGGUCAAGCACUUGUUACUGAAUAGGGCACCAGCAAGAGGAUACAUCCAACUCCAGCUCAGUGGCUUUUAUACUGUGUAACAUAAAUUCAGCUGGUGUUCUGCAAUACCCUCAGUGACAGAUUGAUUGCCAUAGAUCUAACCUCAGUAGGAAAUGGAUUAAUGCACUUGCUGAAUUGCAUAUUCUUUUUAUAUGAACUUGUUUUACAGAUAAAAGGUGAGAUUUCAAGUAAUUUAUGUAAAUUAUUGCUCAUACAAAGUUCAGUGCAACUCUUAGAUAAUAAAGGUAAGAUUUCAAGUCUAAUCUCUGCCUUAGAAAGUAGUAACUUAUGAAUAUGCUCUGUGCAUGAUCCACAUAGCAUUUUUUCCUUUUGUUUUGGUUUUAAUGACUUCUCAUUUUGCAACAAACCUCUUUGAUGGGAGGGGCACACAGGCAGCAUGAAAUUUAAGGAUUUCUGUCAUUUACCCUUGAGCUAUCGCUUUAAAAUACAAGGCCAGUUUUUAAACUUAAGGAAUGCUGUCAAUCAAUAGCUUGGAGUUUUUAAAUGAAACAAGGUUCUUUCAAAACUGUGCACUGAAUUGUAUUGUGAGGACAUGGAAAGAGCUGUUCCCGCUUUGUUGUUCUCAGGCACACAGGUAGCAAUACAAUUCUGCCUCAGCUUUUACCUUUCAGAGGGGAAAUCCAGCUCAGUUCUCUGUCAGUAAGAAGCCACAUGAGUCCCGUGUCUUUCUUCUCCAGUUGCCUGCCCAAACUUUCUGAGUGAGGAAUGGUAACUGGAAAGCACAAAAGCAGUGGCUGCAGAAAUGGGGGUGGAGGAAGGAGGAAGCAACUUCAUGGCAGAGUUGGAAGCCUGCAAUAGUAGUCUUAAUUUUCCUUUCUCCAGUACUAGCUAGUCAUCAAGAAGGUUUUAAAGUGAGUUAAGCAGAGUGAAAGCUGUCAGCUACAGAAAACUGUGGAGCUACAGCUGCCAUCCACAGUUUCACAUUCUGGCUGUUUAAUAACCCACCAAGCAACACGAGCUGAGCUAUCCUGAAAUCAACCACCGCUUAGUCAAGUUUGAUUUUCAGUCACAGCAACACAGAAGGAACUAAGCUUCCAACACUUCCAAGCGUGCCAGCUUCAAUGCAGCUUCCUGUGCCCCAGCACAGCUUCCCUGAGCUCGAGUUAAAUGUUCCACAGGCCUAAGGGGGAGCUUUCAGUGGCACUGAACUGACUUAGGAGCAGCUCAGUACCUUUGUUCUGUUCUCUCUGUUGCUGCUCCUUCCCGUGGUGCUUUUAAGAGAAAAUAAGGGAGAAAGGAGCAUUAGCAGGUAGUAAAUACUGGUUUUCAGUGGAUUAAUACAUGUGCUGACAGGACAGGUAAAUCAGGCCUCCACAUUCUCACAGGCUGCUUUAGAAAUGGAAAAACUGCUGCUUCUCUGCAGAGCACCUUGGCUUCUUGCUAGGCUUAGGAACACAUUGAGGACAUUCACAUGCAUGGAAAAAAGUUAUGGCCAUUUCCAGACUUGUGAAACAGCCGUGGGGAAAUUCUGGGGGAACAUUUUAGCUCAAGCACAAAAUAUUCUUGUCUGCUUUUAUAUUAUCUGUAAAGCUUUGAUGGUGCUUCUCUAAUCUAGAUUUUGCAUUUCUGCCAUGGCUUGCAAGCUGCUGACUUACCAGAAGCAACAUCUUUUUUCACUGGAGUGUUCUGUUGUUGCAAACUUACAAGGAAUUUUGGGUUCAGCUGUUGAAGUUCUUGUUUCUAGAAGCAUCUUUUCAACCACGCACUGGUGUCAAGAGGCAUUUCUAUCCAUUUGAUGCUGAAUUCAGCUUCGUGGCUGACUUCUGGUUUGGCUUCCAAAUACAGAAGAGGGUUGUUGGUCUGUGGCAGUACUUUGAGGUUGCUCUAUUAGGAAAUAAUGCUUGAGUAGUGUUUAUUUUUGUAAAUUACAAAGAAAAAGUGACUUAAUUUAUCUACUUUUAGUCUUCACAUUUGAUACGUCUCCCCUUUCAGUCCCCUACCUGAUCACUGUAGGAUUUUAAAGAGCCUUCACAGUGUGUGGAGUGACUAUUUUUCAUUGCAUACCUGUUAUUUUUGUAAUGCAGAUGGCUUGAAAAGGAUUUAUGGCUAGAAUUGUGUACUGUACAGUAAACUUAUUUUAUCAAUAAAGUUGACUGAAAACA